AAUGUACAGCUUGUUGUCGGCGUCGCUGGAGGACGACGGUGUUUGUUGAACAGCUUCAUGAAUUCUGGAAACUGAAUUCGAUAUUCACUUUUCAUGUGAACAGGUAGCAUAUCUUGUUGUUGGGACCCCACCUUGGAGAAUGAAUGGGGAAUGACUUUUGAACCCGACUGUGUCAGAAUUGUACCAGAAUGAAGAGUACCCUGUAGGCUUGCAUUGAAGACUAUCUGGAUCAGUGAUUGGUGGCACAAGGAGGUGCAGCUUAAAACAUCACCAUGGCGACCAGCAAGAGAUUAUACUCCGCUGAUAAGCCCAUGUAUGACGACAAACCUAUGUAUGAUAAAACAAAGGGCGCUUCCAUGUAUGACAAAACAAAGGGGGCCGAUAUGUAUGACAAAAGCAAAAAUGCUAACAAGGGACUUUACGACAAUGACAGACCUAUGUACGAAAAAAGCAAACCCGGUGAUAAACAGAAAAUGUAUGACAAUAAUAAACCAAUGUAUGAUAAAAGUAAACCUGCUGAUGAACCCAAGCCAAAACCGAAACAAAAACCUCCAGAACCUAAGCCUAUAAAAGAAGCCAAACCUGAACCUAAGCCGAGGAAGCUGACUCCGGAGAGAAAACCUCCUCCCGAAAAUAGACCAAGGCAAGAACCAAGGCAAGUGCCAAGGCAAGAACCAAGGCAAGAGCCAAGGCCAUCCUACCAACCAAAACCAGUUGUCCAUGAUGAGGGCCCGAGACCAAAGCGAGCCCCUAGUCGAGGAAAUGCAACUGUUGUGGUCAUUCCUGGCCACCCCCGAGGCCUGACCCCACCCCCGGACAGAUACUCGCCCGGGACAGUCGUGGUGACCCCUGACCUCCCACCCCCAGGUCCUAUGUUCCCAAGGGAGAGAACCCCGAGGCGUAUCAAGAAUUUGUGGAAGCCUCCGACGCCCUCCCGUCACCGACGCCGACGGAGAGAGUUACCGAGGACCCCCCGACGGGGCCUGAGGAGGAGAGAUCUCAUCGACUCUCCCCCGCCCACUCCUUGGAGUGAGAACCCAGACCAGGGGUCCAUGAUGUCACUGCCCAGAGACUACAAGGACUCGGUGAUCUCGGACAGAAGCAUGAUGCCCGUACCAGGGUCUGUGGUCAGCAGGUUUACCAGGACAGUGGUCCAUGAAGACGACGUGCUGAGGACGCCAGUGUCUUCUCGAUGGAGCUUCCCAAGGUACAACGUCCGUGCUCCUAGCAAUCACACCUUCAGAACCUUUCCCCAGGAACAGCUGAGGAGGUAUGACGCCACACCAAAACCUCCCAAAACAAGCUGGAGUAAAGUGCCAAGAAGGGGUUCCCUCAUUGCGCCCCCAUGGUCAGAGAAAAGACUCGUAGCUGACCCUCAAGUGAGCAACACUGCCGCCUGGGUGGGCAGACAUUCAGGUUACGCUGCAGAGUAUUCAAGCCGGCCAAUGUGGCUCGGGUAUGAUGUUGAGACGGAUUCAGACAUACUCCAGACACCAUUAGGACCUAGACGCUUCAUUGGACAGGAACCGGAAGCUACAAAUACUUCACGAUGGGUCGAGCGGAACUUUGGAGACAGCAGAGAUUGGUUAGACACGCCGUACUACGAUGGGAGAUAUUACCAGUACGACAGAAGGUACUUGGAGGCUGAUCAACACACGGAGUACCACCCGCAUAGAGAUUACUACCCCACAAACCCAAUUCUGUACAACGACAAAGCUCACAGUACGUCCAGAUGGGUGAAUAAGAACUUUAGUUCAGAUCCUAUUCUAUUGGAGAGGGAAAGAAGACGACAUCGGAACUAUGAACCUGGAAGAGAUCACCCUAAACGCUUGAUUCCUAUACAUGACAGUCUAGAUGGUUCAGAUCCUGGAUACAGGGAGCAGCGACACCACGACCACAAACAAGCACUGAGGGAAAAAGACAUGUAUAGAAACCUCAAUCGGAAACACAGACGCACGUAUGAUUCUCCCGAGAGCGUCAAACCCAGGCAGGGAUCGUUUGUAGGUAGGCUGUCGCCAGAGAUCCCCCCAGAUCGCUAUGACCGACAUGGGGACGACGAGAGUGGGUUCUCGAGGGUGUCUGCCAAGUCUUACAAUCACUACAGACCUAAAGAGCCAACCAGGGACCCUGGCUGGGAUAGAUACAAGGAUUACGGGAAGGAAAUGGACGAGAUGGGACCCUCGGCGCUUCCAGGUCGGGAUAAUGUGCACAGGUGGCUGAGUAUUAGAUAAGGGCGGGCGGUGUGGUAGCCUUGUGAUUAAAGCGUUCAUUCGUCACGCCGAAGUACCGGGAUCCCAGCAUGGAUAUGACAUCGCGCCCAUUGCUGGUGUCAGCGCCAUGAUAUUGGUGGAAUAUUACUACAUAAUAUACACGGGAUGUGUAUAAAUCUUGGUACUUUGGUACUUUUUGAAGAAGAAGUCCCCUGUUUUCGUUAUGUUCUUGUCAUAGCACAUGGCAUUGAUAUGUGUAUGUGUGUGUGUGUGUGUGUGUGUGUGUGUGUGUGUGUGUGUGUGUGUGUGUGUGUGUGUGUGUGUGUGUGUGUGUGUGUGUGUGUGUGUGUGUGUUUGAAAUGUAACACCAUCGGUUUAUCAACUGAAUCAAGCCACGUGUAAACAAAGUCAGAAAACAACAAUUAAUCCAUUACAAAUGACCCACUUCAAUGGAAGUGGUGCUGUUUGGUGUUUGUGAUAUUAGGAACACCUGGCAAAUGUCAAGGUCAAGAUACCGUGCCUUGUGUCUUCAAGAACUUGUUUCCACAAUGGAUAUAUUACUUCUGUGAAUGACAUGAGACUGUCACUGUCAUAUAUCCUGUGUGUAUGUGAUAACUAUAAUAUAUCCCGUGUAUAUAUGAUAACUGUGAUCUAUCAUAUGUAUAUAUGAUUGCUAUGAUAUACCUUGUGAAUGUAUGUGAUAACUGUGAUAUAUCCUGUGUAUAUAUGAUAACUGUGACCUACCAUAUGUAUAUAUGAUAACUAUGAUAUACCUUGUGAAUGUAUGUGAUAACUGUGAUAUAUCCUGUGUAUAUAUGAUAACUGUGACCUACCAUAUGUAUAUAUGAUAACUAUGAUAUACCUUGUGAAUGUAUGUGAUAACUGUGAUAUAUCCUGUGUAUAUAUGAUAACUGUGAUCUAUCAUAUGUAUAUAUGAUUGCUAUGAUAUACCUUGUGAAUGUAUGUGAUAACUGUGAUAUAUCCUGUGUAUAUAUGAUAA